AGUCAGUGGAUGUCAGUGAUGCUGGAGAGACUUCAGAGAACAGAGGAACCCCCUCCUCUCGAGCAAAGCUCUACCACCAAAGAGGAUCUGAACCUUCUAGCAGGUCAGGAGGUCUGCUUCCUGAUGGUUUUGUCUCUUGUCAACCAGCUGAAACUCGGAGGGGGGCAGAAGCCCAGCAUCCAGCGCCCAGGAUGGAGGGGUCGUCUGCUCACCUCACCUUACAGAUGUUCAAUGGAUGCCAGUGGUGUUGAAGAAACUGAAGACGGGAUUGUUCCAGUACCAAAGCCACCACGACACAUCUCAUAUUACCAACAACAGCUCCAGCCAAACCUCCAGAAUGGGUUUGGGUGUGCUCAGGAGGGGUGGACCCAGAACAAAGAUGGCCGACCUCUGGAUGACAUCUACACACAUCUGUACAUCAGAGCUACUGGUGACGUCCACAUCAACACACAGCAUGAGGUCAUGCAGCUUGAAGCUGUGAAGCCAGCCGAUACAGAGACAACCAUUACACCUUGUGACAUGUUCAAACACCCCUCUAUAGAAGACAAAGCCAUAAGGACAGUACUGACCAAUGGAAUCGCAGGAAUUGGAAAAACCUUUCUAGUGAACAAGUUUGUGUUGGACUGGUGUAAAGGAGAAACCAAUCAAGAUGUGCAUCUCAUUUUCCCCUUCACCUUCCGCCAGCUGAAUUUAAAGAAGGAGGACAAGUGGUGUUUGGCAGAGCUCAUUCAUGAAUGUAUCUGGGGGACCAGAGACAUCAAAGAAGAAGCUCUCAAUUACAUCUUUACAGCUCUGCAGUCAUCAGGAAACACCAACUUUGACAGGAGUGAAUUCAAACUUCUGUUUGUUCUGGACGGACUGGAUGAGAGCCGCCUUGAUCUGGACUGCUCCACCAAUAAAAACAGGGCAGUUAAAAUUGAUGUGACAGCGCCGACCUCAGUGGACGAGCUGCUGACGAACCUCAUCACCAAGAAACUGCUUCCCUCUGCUCGCAUCUGGAUAACCACACGACCUGCAGCAGCCAAUCAGAUCCAUUCUGAUUUUGUAGACAUGGUGACAGAGGUCAGAGGGUUCACUGACCCACAGAAGGAGGAGUACUUUAGAAAGAGAUUCACAGAUCAGGAGCGGGCCGACAGAAUCAUCUCCCACAUCCAGACAUCACGGAGCCUCCACAUCAUGUGCCACAUCCCAGUCUUCUGCUGGAUCACUGCUACAGUUCUGGAGGACGUGAUGAAGACCAGAGAGGGAGGAAAGCUGCCCAAGACCCUGACUGAGAUGUACGCUGAAUUCCUGGUGUAUCAGAUUCAUCAGACAAAAGAGAAGUAUGACCGAGAAGAGUGCAUUCAGUACAUUGAGUCAUUAGCAAAACUGGCUUACCAUCAGUUGGAAAAGGGCAACCCGAUCUUCUACGAGAAAGAUCUCAAAGAGAGUGGCAUUGACGUCAGUGGAGCCUCGGUGUGUUCAGGAGUGUUCACAGAGAUCUUCAAAGAGCAACGUGGGAAGAAGAAGGAUAAAAAAAAGAUGUUCAGCUUCAUCCAUCUGAGUGUUCAGGAGUUUCUGGCUGCUCUCCAUGUAGAGAGCGCAGUCAUUAACAGAAACAAGAACGUGAUGUUUGGGCGAAGUCUGGUUCAACAAAUGCGAAUGGUUUUCAGCCUAAAAUCUAUGAUGUUUAAGGUGCACAGGUCAGCUAUUGACAAGGCCUUACAGAGUCCAAAUGGACACCUGGACCUGUUCCUCCGCUUCCUCCUGGGUCUUUCACUGGAGACCAAUCAGAACCUCCUCAAAGACUUGCUGGCUCAGGAAGGAAGUAGCUCACAGACCAAUCAGGAUACAGUGGAGUACAUCAAGAAGAAGAUCCGUGAGAAUCUGUCUGCAGAGAGAAGCAUCAAUCUGUUCCACUGUCUGAAUGAACUGAAUGAUGGUUCUCUAGUGGAGGAGAUCCCACAGUCCCUGAGUUCAGGAAUUCUCUCCACAGAUGAACUGUCUCCUGCUCAGUGGUCAGCUCUGGUCUUCAUCUUAUUGUCAUCAGAAGACGAUCUGGACGUGUUUGACCUGAAGAAGUACUCUGCUUCAGAGGAUGUUCUUCUGAGGCUGCUGCCAGUGGUCAAAGCCUCCAAAAAAGCUCUGCUGAGUGGCUGUAACCUGUCAGAGAGAAGCUGUGAAGCUCUGUCCUCAGUUCUCUCUGAGUCCUCUAGUCUGAGAGAGCUGGACCUGAGUAACAACAACCUGCAGGAUUCAGGAGUGGAGCUGGUCUCUCUUGGACUGGAGAGUCCACACUGUAAACUGGAGACUCUCAGGCUGAGUGGCUGUAACCUGUCAGAGAGAAGCUGUGAAGAUCUGUCCUCAGUUCUCAGCUCAGAGUCCUCUAGUCUGAGAGAGCUGGACCUGAGUAACAACGAACUAAACGAUUCAGGAGUGAACCUGCUUUCUGCUGGACUGGAGAGUCCACACUGUAAACUGGAGACUCUCAGGCUGGUGGCUGUAACCUGUCAGAGAGAAGUUGUGAAGAUCUGUCCUCAGUUCUCAGCUCAGAGUCCUCUAGUCUGAGAGAGCUGGACCUGAG